CGAAAGGAAAAGGAGAGUGCCUUUAGAAUACAUAGAGGGAUAUCUCCCAGCAAAACCACGGAUCCGUGGUAAAACAGGCCGCGCUGUCAAGGGCCGCGGCAUUGGACACGAUCGGGUGUUUCCGUCGUCACUUCGGGUCCCCCGACGCGCCCCCGGCCCGAAGGAGGCUCUCCAGCUACGCGCUGCCACUUCUCCCGCGAGCUCGCCGAGUCCCGAGUCUUGAAGUCCGCCCCCCUCCCUUUUCCCCCCAAACCAACUAUUUAGAGCCCUAUCGCCCUCUCUCUCUCUCGCUCUUCUUGGUGCAGGGCAGGGGCACUACAUUUCUACGUUUCGUGCCAAUAGUUGUGCGGAUCUACAGCUUGAAGUCCUGUCGUUGUUCAGACCUCACCGCCGCCGCAGCGCCGUGUCUGUCUUCAUCGUUUUGGAUAGCCUACCAGAGUUCUUGCUUGGAAACUGCAACCUAACCCUCUUUAUGAUAUUGUUGCAUCUAAUCCCUCAUAAGCCAAGGACAAAAAGGCCAUGUGGUCGUCCUACCCCAUGCGCAAGACGAAGCGCGACCAGGUGGACGUGCGCCACCAGCGCGCCAUGGACAUCGCGGACCAGGACGUGACGGUGGUCAGCGCGACGCAGUGGCAGGUCAACAGUCAAGGAGGCGCGGGCCGGGGCGCCUACAACAUCUACCUCGAGAACGCCAGCUGCCCGAGGGGCUCUUGCAGAGAAACGCAAAAGUGUUACGCUUCGGGAUGCGGGGGCUUAUGUGAACACAUGUAUCGGUGCACGUGCCCCGACAACAAUACCAUGUGUAAGCACGUCCACAAGGUGCGAAUCAUGAGCGUCCGUUCCACCCAGACCGCCGACCAGCGGGCAGCCACGUCGAGGGAGGACCAGCGCUGGCGGAAGGAAGUCGACGUAGAUCGCGAGGUGCGAAGGGUGCGGUCUAUCCUCGGUGAGAUCCGCUGCUACCUGGACAGGUACGAGUCCGACGCGCUUCAGGGAGUCAUCGGGGAAGCAGCCGAGGAGCUGGCCGGCAUUUCCGCCAAGAUCUUCUGCCACUGCGAGGACUACGAAAGGCGGGAGGAGUACGGCGAAGAGGAGGAGGAGGAGGUGGAAGAAGAGGAAGCCGAGGAGGGUGAUGCCGAGGAGGGUGAUGACGACGAAGGCGAUGACCAUGGUGAUGGUGAAGACGUCAACGGCGAUGCUGAUGACCAUGGUGACGGCGGUGAUGCCGUCAACGGAGACGGCGAAGUCCAAGUUGACGGCGAAGGCUACAUGAUGGACCCUGGCGAUGGCUACUAUGUCUAUGACGACGGCGAUGUCCUGGAUGACGGUGGAGAAGGGCGCGUGUUUGACGACAUUGUUUAGAAUCGCGCUGAAGUUUGAUUUAUGGAUAAUAUUACUGUCCCUUUCGGACUUGACUGUUACUGUGUCACUUUUUACUAUUUUAUUUUAUUUGGAAAUAAAAAUGUCCUACGUAAUUGUA